AUGGAGGAGACAAGGAGUCCUACGGGACAGGCGCCGAUCGCGUCCUUCGCCUUGAACGUGAUUGUCAACCCAAAGAAUCCUCGUCUAGACAUCAUCUUUGUGCAUGGCUUCAACGGCCACCCUGAACGAACCUGGACGGAUAAGACCGUCGAAGCUACAUCCAUGAACGAGCCUCGCAGCGACGAGCAUCAAGGUCGCCCAUUAAAAUUUCGAAAACUAAAGCCAGGAUCGAAACAAAUAAGUGCCGUUUCUCAUGAUGGUCCCAUUUGCUGGCCCCGGGAUUUGGUUCCUGAAGUCGUCCCCGAUGCACGAGUCUUGAGUUAUGGUUACGAUGCCAAAAUCCAGCGACUAUUUGGGCCGCCCGUCAGCACACACACCGUGUACGACAUAUCCAAUGAUUUCUCUAUCGCACUCGAGGCUAAACGACAAGAUGAGCCGGACAGGCCCAUCAUAUUCAUUGCUCAUAGUCUUGGGGGAAUAAUUGUCAAGGACUUGCUUCGUAGGUGCGGCCAGUCCUUCAACCAGAGUCAGAUACAUAUUCGUCCGAUUUUCGAGUCUACUAUCGGUAUCAUCUUUUUCGGUACCCCACACUCCGGUGCAGAUCCGGGGGGCUCACUUCUUCACUUUGGAGAAAGAGUUCUCAAAGCUCUGGGUCAUUCUGUGAAUGAAAAUGUUAGGGCUUCCCUUCUCCCAACAUCAGAUCGCCUACGCGAGUUGCGGGACGUUUUCGGGCCAAUGGCUCGUGAGCGCCGGUGGAAGAUACAUUCCUUCCAAGAGCAGUACGGCUUCAAGACACUUGGUGGCCAGAAGGUUGUGGAGGAUACUUCCUCUUAUGUGGAUAUUCCCGAUCUUGAGAUAGUGGAACAUAUCAAUCAAGAUCACAGCAAGAUGUGCCGCUUCUCUAGAGUAGACGACCCCGAAUUCAGGAAAGUUGACGCAGCCCUGAGACGAAUGCUACUGGAUAUGCCAGAGAAAGAAAGCGAGCCACAAGUGUCGGCCUUCGCGAGGCCAUCUCUCACAGAAGGGCAAAAAGCAGAUAUCUUGGAAUCACUCAAAUUUGACCAAAUCGAUUCACGGAUUCUAACAAUUGAAAAGGCCCACAGCAAGACAUGCAGAUGGAUACUUCUCACUCAAGAAUAUCGCGAUUGGACCAACCCCGAGAAAGCCUGUGCCCAUCAAGGCUUUCUGUGGAUGAAAGGAAACCCGGGGACUGGAAAGUCUACUUUGAUGAAAUUUGCUUAUAUCGAGGCCAAAAAGAACAGAAAGAAGAACAGAUUCAUAUUUAGCUUCUUCUUCAAUGCACGGGGGACACCGCUGGAGAGAUCAACAACUGGGAUGUACCGGUCAUUACUCGUGCAAAUUCUCGAACAAUUUCCACAUCAAAAGUGCAUAUUCGACUCGCCUGAAUUGGGCACUAGGAUUGGGCCUAGCCCGACAUGGGCCAUCGAACCUCUGAAAGAACUGCUACUACAGGCCCUUCUAACAUUAGGAGAAAUGUCCAUCGUAUUCUUCAUCGACGCUCUAGAUGAGUGUGAUGAGGAUAAGAUUCGAGACAUGAUCAAGUUUUUCGAAAAUAUAGGACAGGAGCAUCCGUCGAUAAAUUUAAGCAUAUUCUUCUCCAGCCGACAUUAUCCACACAUCACCAUCAAUUUUGGCCUCAGCUUAUGUCUUGAGGAGCAAGAUGGCCACAGUAGCGAUAUAACAAACUAUAUCCAGAGUGAACUCAGGAUCGGCAAAAGCAAGAUGGCAAAAGAAAUACGCGAGGAAGCUCAAAAAAAAGCCCGUGGUGUUUUCAUGUGGGUUGUUCUUGUUAUGGCUAUUUUGAACAAGGAAUAUGACAGCGGCAAUAUGCAUUCACUUAAGCGGCGCUUAAAGGAUCUUCCCAGUGAUCUUCACAAAUUAUUUGAAGACAUCAUCUUGCGAGACGACCGAAACCGAGACAGCAUGCUUUUAUGCGUCCAAUGGGUUCUCUUUGCCAAGACACCUUUGAGUCCAGAACAACUUUACUUUGCUAUCCGAUAUGGCCUUGAAUCUAGUCUUCCAGAGCCUUGGGAUCAAGACGAAAUCACCCGAGAUACCAUCAAAAAAUUUCUACUCCAUUCAUCCAAAGGGCUCGCUGAAGUUACCAAGUCGAGACAGCCUACUGUCCAAUUCAUUCACGAGUCUGUCCGGGAGUUCUUCCUCAAGAACACUGAUUUGGCAAAGAUCUGGCCUGAAAUCGGUCCAAGAUUUGAGGCCAAUAGCCAUGAAAAGCUGAAACACUUUUGCCUGAGCUAUAGUAAGCCUGAGUUGGUAUUCUUCUACUCCUUUGGCCAAAACCCUACAAUGUCCAUGGCAAAGCUAGAUAUCUUAUUCCCUUUGCUCAAAUACUGUGUUCAAAAUAUUAUCCACCAUGCCGACAUGGCAGAGAAUGGGGGUGUUGACCAGCUUACGUUCAUUUCUUGCUUUGACCGAUCUGGAUGGAUCAGGAAAAACAAUAUCUAUCAGAUCCACCAAGUACGGCAAUAUACACCGACGGCGAGCUUGCUGUAUAUAUUGGCUGAGGCAGAUGCAUCUCGUCUGAUCCAGCAUUGUUCCUCGGAUGAGACUUUAACGACGCCCCCCUGCCUUAAGUUAGAGGACGAGCGAUACGGUUGUCCAUUUUUCGCUUCAAUUGCUACGAAGAGCUUCAGGGCUUGCAACAAAUUCUAUGAUUUGAUGGCUCCAUCCCAGUUAGGCAAGGACGUGACCUUGUCAGAAGAGGCUGCAUCUCCCCAUCAGAAAAGGCCAAUCUUCGCGCUGAGUCGCUCAUUCAAAUUCUCAAAAAAGAAAACGUUUUUGGAACAAGCAUUUGAAGUUGGGAACGAGGAUCUGAUUUUAUUUUUUCUUCAGCGUGAGAUGCACUUAUUCAAGACUAUUAAUUAUGACGCCACCAAUCUCUUACGGCUUUCUGCUGUCCAAGGUCGUACGGAGACGUUAAAGUUCUUGUUAGAAAACUCCAAUGCCAACCCAGAAUCAAAGGAUGCAUCUGGGGUGACCCCGCUCAUGUCUGCUGCUUCAGGAGGCCAUGUCCAUGCCGUCCAAGCCCUCCUUGACAUAGGAAAGGUCAAUCCAAAUACGACAGACCUAUGGGGACACACCGCAAUCACACUUGCUAGCCUGGCAAACAAGCGUGAAGUCAUUGAGGUCCUCCUCAGGGCAGACAAGGUCGAUCCGAAUAUUGCAGACCAAACUGGAAGAACUCCUCUAUCAUGGGCUGCUCUAUUUAAUGACCCUAGGAUGACGAAAGCUUUUCUUGCAGCAGAUAAGGUUGAUCCGAACCUUGCAGAUGCAAAUGGCGAGACUCCUCUAUCAUGGGCUACUCGAGAUCUACAUUGUAACGUGGAGGUGAUUGAAGCUUUUCUUACGGCAGACAAUGUUGAUCCGAAUAUUGCAAACAUAUACGGAAGAACUCCUCUAUCAUGGGCUACUCGACAUUGUAACACAGAGAUAAUUAAAACCUUUCUUGCGUCAGAUAAGGUUGAUCCGAAUCUUGCAGAUAAAAAAGGCGAGACUCCUCUAUCAUGGGCUACUACGAUUCACCACAAGCCGAUUGUUGAUAUCCUACUAAUGUCACCUAAAGUUAAUCCGAGUCUUACAGAUCAUGCCUCCUGA